GUUCCAACCUUUUCCUAAACAUUAACUCUCUGGAAUCCUUUCAACCAGGACGUGGCUGAUCUCACACACAUUCACCGGUUUUCAUUCUUUGCGAGGACAAAUAACAAAAGCUUUCUAAAGGGAUCAUGGCAGCGGCCGGCUUGCAGAUUCUGGGCAUCGCCCUGGGCCUUAUCGGCGUGAUCGGGGCCAUCGUUACGUGCGCCAUCCCCAUGUGGCGGGUGACCGCCUUCAUCGGGCAGAACAUCGUCACGGCGCAGACCACCAACGAGGGCAUCUGGAUGACCUGCGUGGUGCAGAGCACGGGCCAGAUGCAGUGCAAGGUCUACGACUCCAUGCUGGCUCUGAGCAGCGACCUGCAGGCGGCCCGCGCCCUCAUGAUCAUCUCCAUCCUCGUGGGCGUCAUGGCCAUCCUGCUGGCCGUGGCCGGAGGCAAGUGCACCAACUGCGUGGAGGACGAGGGCGCCAAGUCCAAGAUCGCCAUCGCGGCCGGCGUGAUGUUCAUUAUCGCCGGCAUCAUGUGUCUGGUCCCCGUCUGCUGGACGGCCAGCACGGUGGUCAGAAACUUCUACAACCCCCUGGUGUUGGGCUCCCAGAAGAAGGAAUUGGGCGCGGCGCUCUUCAUCGGCUGGGGCGCGUCCGCCCUGCUCCUCGUGGGCGGGGCCUUGCUGUGCGCCAACUGCCCCCCCAAGGAUAACUACACCGCCAAGUACUCGGGAGCCAGGUCCGGCGUGUCCAAGGACUACGUCUGAGAAUCACGGAGGGAAAAACCCGGCCAGUUUUGAGGAAGACAUGAGCCGAAAGGAGAGACUGAAACGGACUUGGAGAGAAAAAAAGGGAAUUAAGUGUUGUGCCAAAUCUGCUGUGUGUUGUGUGUGCGAUGGGAAGUGUGA